CCAGGACCCGCCCAUCGGUUCUGAGCCAAUCGCGUGAAACAUGAGCAGAGGGCGCAGCCAAUCACGUGGAGAGACUUGGUGCGGUUCCGGCCAAUCGAGCGCGAGGGGCGUGUCCCCAGGUCCAGCGGUGCCUGUACCUCUCUGGUUCUGAGAAACACGUAACACACCUUGAAGGUUCCGGUUCCCGGUGACCCGCCGGUGAGAGAGACGCCGCGCAGCCCGGAGCAACAGCCGCCAGACGGGCCGAGAAGCGAGGAGAGCCCGCUGCCCCCUGGAGGAGCCAACAUGGAGAAAGUCGGCAAGGAUGCCAAGACCAACCCGACGAUCACGGCCGGUCUUUGGUCGAAGAUCUUGUUCUGGUGGCUCAACCCUCUGUUCCGCACUGGAUACAAACGCAGGCUGGAGGAAGAGGACAUGUUCCGGGUGGUCCCGGAGGACAGUUCUGUGGCACUGGGUCAAGAAAUGCAGAGAUACUGGGAACUUGAGCUCCAGAAGGCCUCCAAAGAGAUGCGGACGCCGAACCUCGGGAGAGCCAUCAUCCAGUGCCACUGGAAACCAUACGCACUGCUGGGAAUCUUCACUGUCUUCGAGGAGAUCAUCAAAGUGACCCAGCCCAUCCUCUUGGGGAAGAUGAUUCAGUACUUUGAAUAUUACAACCCAAAAGACAGCCGGGCUUUGUACGACGCCAUCGGCUACGCAGCUGGUUUGUCUCUGUUUGCCAUCAUCCUGGCGGUGUUCCAUCACUUCUACUUCUACCAUCUCCAGAAGGUCGGCAUGAAGAUCCGAGUGGCCCUGUGUCACAUGAUCUUCAAGAAGUCUCUGUGUCUCAAUAACGUAGCCAUGGGAAAGACCACCACGGGCCAGAUUGUCAACCUGCUUUCGAAUGACGUCAAGAUGUUUGAUGAUCUCACCAUCUUCUUGCACUUCCUGUGGGUCGGGCCCCUCCAGGCAGCUGUGGUUGUCGGGCUGCUGUGGUUGGAGAUCGGCCCGUCGUGCUUGGCAGGCAUGGUGGUCCUCUUGUUCCUGAUGCCCAUGCAGACCCUGUUUGGAAGGCUCUUUUCUAAGUACAGGACUCGGACAGCGAUCCUGACUGACAGCAGAAUCCGUACGAUGAACGAAGUGGUGUCUGGAAUGAGGAUCAUCAAAAUGUACGCCUGGGAGAAACCAUUUGCUGCUCUGGUCUCUGAGGUCAGAAGGAAGGAGAUCUCCACGAUCAUGAGCAGCUCGUACCUGCGAGGUCUCAACAUGGCCUCCUUCUUCUGCGCCAACAAGUUCAUCCUCUUCUGCACCUUCACCGUCUACGUGCUCCUCGGAAACACCAUGUCGGCCACGCGUGUGUUUGUGACGGUGUCGCUCUACUCCGCCGUGCGACUCAACGUCACGCUCUUCUUCCCUGCUGCGAUCGAGAGGCUGUUUGAGGCCUAUGUCAGCGUCACCAGGAUCCAGGAGUUCUUGCAGCUCGGUGAGAUCACGAAAAGCAGCGUCGCUCUGCCACAGGAGGACAAGAAGGACCGAUCAGUGGAAAUCCAGGAUCUGUUCUGCUACUGGGACAAGAGUCUGGAUUCUCCAUCUCUGCAGAACGUCUCCUUCACUGUGAACUCAAAUCAGCUGUUGGCUGUAAUUGGACCGGUGGGAGCUGGAAAGUCGUCACUGCUGUGCUCCAUCCUCGGAGAGCUGCCUGUUGAAAAGGGCUUGCUGAAGGUCAACGGUAAGCUGACGUACGCUUCCCAGCAGCCCUGGGUGUUUCCUGGAACCAUCCGCAGCAACAUCCUGUUUGGGAAAGAGAUAAACUCGCAGAAGUAUGAGAGAGUCCUGAAAGCCUGCGCUCUGAAGAGGGACCUGGAGCUGCUUCCAGAGGGAGACCUGACUCUGAUCGGAGACCGAGGAGCCACGCUCAGCGGGGGGCAGAAAGCUCGUGUCAACCUGGCGAGGGCUGUGUAUCAGGAGGCGGAUGUUUACCUCCUGGAUGAUCCGUUGAGUGCUGUGGACGCUGAGGUCGGGAGACACCUCUUCGAACAGUGCAUCUGUGGCCUGCUGAAGAACAAGCCCCGGAUCCUGGUCACCCACCAGCUGCAGUACCUGCAGAAAGCCGAUGAGAUCCUGGUCCUCAAGGAGGGUUUCAUGGUGGCCAAAGGGACGUACACAGAGCUGCAGCAGUCUGGAGUGGACUUCACCUCCCUGCUGAAGACGGAGGAGGAGGAGCAGCAGGGUCCUCAAGACGUCUACAGCAGGAGCAGAACUCUGUCCCAGAACUCGGUGCGCUCUCGGACCUCCUCUAUCCAUUCGAUCAAAGACGGCGACCAGUUACCGGCGGAGACUGUGCAGACGGUGGCAGAGGAGAGUCGAUCUCAGGGAACCAUUGCAGUGAGCCUGUACGUCAAAUAUCUAAAAGCUGGAGCCCACGUCGUGUUUGUAGUUUUCGUCCUACUGAUCAACAUUUUGGCUCAGGUGGCGUACAUCAUGCAGGACUGGUGGCUGGCAUACUGGGCUGAUAAACAAGAGGACCUAAACGCUAACAGCACGGGCAUCAUAAACGGACAAAACGCCACGGCAGAGCUGGAUGUAAAUUUCUACCUCGGCAUCUAUGCAGGUCUGACCGGGGCCACCCUCAUCCUCGGCUUCGCCAGGAAUCUGUUCAUGUUCAACAUUCUGGUGAAGAGUGCACAGGCUCUGCACAACCACAUGUUCAAGGCCAUACUCCGAGCGCCUGUGCGCUUCUUUGACACAAAUCCCAUUGGACGGGUUCUCAACAGGUUUUCGAAGGACAUAGGUCAGCUGGACUCCAACAUGCCGUGGACCUUUGUGGAUUUUGUUCAGGUGUUCUUGCAGAUUGUCGGGGUGAUCGGUGUGGCGGUGGCGGUGCUCCCCUGGAUCCUCAUCCCUGUGGUGCCCCUGCUGAUCAUCUUCCUCUACCUCCGCCGCUACUUCCUGCAGACCUCCAGAGACAUCAAACGCCUCGAGGCCACCACUCGGAGUCCCGUCUUCUCCCAUCUGUCCUCGUGUCUUAAUGGUCUGUGGACGAUCCGAGCCUUUGGAGCAGAGCAGAGGUUGCAGGAUGUGUUUGAUGCUCAUCAGGACCUCCACUCAGAGUCCUGGUUCCUGUUCCUGACCAUCUCUCGCUGGUUCGCUAUCCGUCUCGAUGGCAUUUGCGCCAUCUUUGUUAUCCUGGUCAUGUUUGGCUGCCUGCUGCUCAGAGACCAGCUGGAAGCUGGCUCUGUGGGUUUGGUUCUGACGUACUCGGUCACACUGAUCGGCAUGUUCCAGUGGGGCAUCAGGCAGAGUACAGAGGUGGAGAACAUGAUGACGUCAGUGGAGAGAGCAGUGGAAUACACUGAGCUGGAGAGUGAAGCACCCUGGGAAACCCAGAAGCGCCCUCCUCCUGAUUGGCCGAGACAAGGGCUGGUGACCUUUGACCAGGUCAGCUUCUCCUAUGGCAGCGACGGACCGAAGGUGCUGCAGGACCUGAAAGUGAUGUUCAGACCCAAAGAGAAGGUUGGUAUCGUUGGGAGAACAGGUGCUGGGAAAAGCUCCCUGGUCUCAGCUCUGUUCCGUCUGGCAGAGCCUGAGGGAGAGAUCUACAUCGAUGGGGUUCUCACCUCUGAGAUCGGCCUCCAUGACCUGCGCCAGAAGAUGUCCAUCAUUCCUCAGAGCGUCAGUCUUCUUCUGGAGGAUGUGCUCGUGGAGUUUUAUGAGUAA